AUGGGGAAAAAACAUGCGUACAAGAGACUCAAUAAGGAGUACAAGCAGAUAGAGGCGAAUCCUCCUCCAUUCAUCAUUGCUCGACCAUCGGAGUUGAACAUCUUGGACUGCCACUACGUAAUAACGGGCCCGCCGGGGACCCCGUACGAGAACGGACAGUACCACGGGAGAAUUACGUUUCCGAACGACUAUCCAUUCAAGCCACCUCGGAUCAAGAUGUGCACCCCGUCGGGCCGUUUCGAAAUCAAUCAGCGGUUGUGUCUGAGUAUGAGUGACUUCCACGAGGAGUCGUGGAACCCUUCCUGGUCGGUGGCGACGAUCCUUACAGGGUUGUUGUCAUUUAUGACCGGGGACGAGCGCACGACCGGGAGUAUUGUGACGUCCACUCACACGAAAGAGCAACUGGCGGUCAAGUCGAAGGAGUUUAACACGUAUUCCAACCCUCCAUUCAAGGAGGUGUUCCCCGACCUUUGGGAGCAGAACGUGGCGGAGCUGAAGAGCAGAAGGGCCAAUGCAAACACGCAAAGCCGUGCUGGCCAGGAUGUGGCUGCGGGGACGCCCAGUGUCACGGAAAGUGAGGUGGUUGACAACAUAGAGAAGAUCCAGGAUCCGGAAGAUAGGAUACGUGCCCGUGCCGGAAAGAAGGAGGCCCUAACUAGUGACAAGAACAACGCAAAAACCCCAAAUAAGUACUAUCUGUACGUGAUACUGGUUGUCGUUUUGGUUUUUGUUGCCAGAAGUGUGAUUUGA